ACAACUCCUUGAUUUGAAAGAGAGGGAAGAGCGAGAAGCUCUUCUUACUACAACAAAACCUAAAAGAGACCAAAUCUGACGUUGAAGUGGAGCUACCUACCAAAUCCAGCCCCUGUCUGUAACCACCUGUCUUUCCCUUACCUACUUGGUCAAAUCCCACCGCACCACCUCUCUCUCGUCUCAUCGAUCGAGUCUAAUGGUUCUUACUUCUUCCCUUGUUUCUCUCCCAUCCCAUCCCUCUUCUACAUAUAAAUCCUCUCCCCCCUGCUCCUUCCAAGCAUCAGCCAAACUCUCCCCCCUGUCUCUGUCUUUUCGUGUCAAAAACUUAGCUCUUUGUCUAUUCAAUCAAGCAAUUAUUACCUCCUACUUGCUAUCUAGUUUCAAAAGGGUAAAAACAAGCGAAAGAAAACAUACACACCAUUUAUUUAUUUGGCUAGGAUAAACCUAGCUGCUAGCUACUCUCUUGUUUCUCUCAAUAUCCCAUUCUUAACCCAGUAUUUUGAUUUCGAAGACGAUCAGAAAGAUUCAUGGGUCGCUCACCUUGUUGCGAAAAAGCACACACCAACAAAGGUGCCUGGACUAAGGAGGAAGACGAGCGCCUAAUAGACUACAUCAGGGUCCAUGGUGAAGGUUGCUGGCGCUCUCUCCCUAAAGCUGCUGGAUUGCUUAGAUGCGGGAAGAGCUGUAGAUUGAGGUGGAUAAACUACUUGAGGCCUGAUCUUAAAAGAGGGAAUUUCACUGAAGAAGAAGAUGAGAUUAUUAUUAAGCUCCAUAGCUUGCUAGGAAACAAAUGGUCUUUAAUUGCUGGGAAAUUACCAGGAAGAACGGAUAAUGAGAUAAAGAACUACUGGAACACGCAUAUCAAAAGAAAGCUAAUUAGCCGUGGCAUUGACCCGCAAACACACAGACCUCUCAAUGAGAAAACCACCACCACAACCACCGCUACUUCCACCACCAAAACCACCCAGUUAAACUUUAAAAACACCCCACCUCAAUCACUAGCUGAAAUCAGCAUCUUAAAAAGCCAACUUGAUUCAAAAUACAACUCCACCAAAAGCAAUGACUUUCUUAGCAGUCUGUACUCGAGUUUCAAACCCAAGAAAAUAGAGACCGCUUCUCUUGAAGAAAACAACUGCACAAGCUGUAGCACGACAACUGAUGAAGAACAACAACAAAAGAGGGAGAGUCAUCAUGAUCAAGAUAUCAACUUGGACUUAACUAUUGGGCUGGCUCCAACAACCAAAGGAGAGUCAACUCAUACUUCUUCCAACUCGGCAGAGUCCAGACUACAACAACCAGUUUCUUCUCGCCAGUUAUUUGGCAGUGUGUCAACUCGGCCGGGUUGUUUGUGUUGGCAAUCUGGGGGUGCAGGAUGGGAAUCGUGCAGGGAUUGCCAGAAUCAUAGAUAUUAUUGUUGGAAGUAAAUUAAAGUUAAUGGUAGAUUUAAUUUUUCUUUCUUUUUCUGGUUAGAUGUGUGAAGUAAAUGGUUUUGUUUAGGAACUCCACCAUUUUCAACUUCUUCACCUGACCCUGUAAUCAUAAAGGCAAUUAAAGAAGAUGACGUGAAGCUACAUCCCUAUCGCGGCAUGUAAAGAAAGAAACAAAACAAUUUUACUCUCUGCAAAUGGAGCAAGGCCUUUUUUAGAUUCUAUAA